CAGAGGCAGGCGAGGGGAGGGAGGUAAUCAGCUUGGCUUGUGUUGCGACCAGAGAAUAGAGGAGCAAACACCUGCUGAGUUCCAGCCAGCCAGCCAGUUCUCAGACAGGAAGGUACUGCUGUAGUCAACCGUGUCCCUUUUCUUAAUACACCACUGAGCUGCCAGCUCCCCCAAGCACUAACUCUCUCAGGUAGCAGCACAUUCUCAAUUGGCUCUCCUCGAGUGGAAAGAGACGGGAAAGUGGGAGGCAGAAAGGGUGUCAAGUAUUUUUUUUCUCUCUGCAUAUGUAGUCAGAGUUGGUGUACACAAAUCCAUGUAUGCACUCCCGUGUAAACUGAAUAUAGACGUCAAGCCAUCCGUGAAACUCUUGUGCAGUUAUCAGGCAAUCUAAGGUCUUUUUCAGCUUGCUUUGCUACCUUCUGGUUUCAUACAGGUUCCUGUCCCUGAAUACUGAUAAGCCGGGAGGCUUUCUCUCUCCCCCUCUCGCUCACUCACUCACUCACUCGCGCUCUCUCUCUCUCCCCCUCUCUUCUCUCUCGUGAAACACUAUCUUGCUUGUUAUGCCGUAUGUAGAAAAGCUUUUCCUCCCCGCUGUCUGGUCAUAUUACACCCAGUAGUCCGGGCUGUGUUCUCAGGGAACACAAACACUUCUCAGUGUUUCUACUCCCUCUCUCUCUCUCUCUCUUGCUCUUUCUCUCGUACUCUGUCCUCCCUCCCUUUCUCCGAUUCUGUUUUCACGCACGGGCUCUAAAAGCAAAGAGGCAUCGGAGGUGGAGCUGGCAGCAAUCCAUCAAGGCUGAAACUAGGGCAAGCAAAGGGAAAUGUAACCUAAACGGCAGGCUAAACCAAAGAGCACAGCCUCUCAGUAAGUAGAGACACUGCCUUUGUACGUUCGGCGGAGUAGCUGGUGACCGCCCUUCCCUGCACACACAGCGCCUUUUCCACGUUAUUUUUAAAAUGGGCAUAAUGUAGGCGUCGACAAUGUCUUGUGAAAAACCGAGUCCUGCAACAACGCCGUUUAGCCCGGGGCCUGAGAGCAUUAAAUCGAAGCUUUGCUUCCAUUUCCUCUCUAUUUUUUUUUUUCUGUCUGCCUCAGCUGCUCGGAAAACACCCUUCUGAGUGCACACUCGUAAUCAGGCAGCCUGCGCUGUGCUUCGGUGCCUCGGCUUUCAACUCUGAACAGAGCCCAUUGUUGUCUGAUGUCUGUGUUAGCCGAGUGUGCUACUAGGCUGUGUCUCAAAUCAUGCCGCCUCAACCCACAGAGAAGAGGCUAAAAUGCCUUACCGCCUAACCACAGAGACACCCAAGAGUAGUGGAAAUUGACGGCAUAAGGAUGAAGGUAGCUUCACGCGGUUUAUUGUAUUAGAGCAAACGAGAGCUGUCGUAAUGACUAUUCCUAGCCGCGGUGACAAUAACAGUUGAAUUGCAUAACGUCUAGGCUAGCAAUGUCUCACUAACAAGCCGCUGCGUUCAACUGUUUUGUUGAACCAGCAAUUGGCCGUGUGAUCUAUAAUUGACAGUCAUUUUUUUCAGCCAUUGGCUAUAGGCCUUCUGUAGCUCAAUGUUGAACAGUGCUCUCUUUCUUCCCCUGCUGUGUUGUCAAGUGCCUCCUACUCAGUUGAGGCCUCUGCUGAAUUGUCGAGACCAGGCUAUUGGCUGCUUGCAAAGUACAGGUGUUGUCGGGGUUACCACCAGUUCUUGCUUCCUCACAGCCACUGUCUCUCUCACACACUCACUGUCUCUCUCACACACUCACUGUCUCGCUCUUCACCUACAGUUGAAUUGUCAUCGCCACAGGCAGUAGAGAAAGGCAUCUCUUUUGUUUAGCACCUUCUGUGGCAGCAGGAAUCCAGUGAAUGGCCUCUUCAGAUGGAGUCUCUGGUCUCCACGCCCACCCCUCCACCCCUCCAUCUCCUGGCACCGGUGGGCAACCGUAACGACAGCAUCGCCUCGCCCUGUGAGCAGAUCAUGGUGCGCACGCGCUCAGUGGCGUCCAACACGACGGACGUGGCCCUGGCCACGGAGCCCGAGUGCCUGGGGCCCUGCGAACCUGGGACCAGCGUCAACCUGGAGGGCAUUGUCUGGCAGGAGACCGAGGACGGUAUGCUGGUGGUAAACGUGACCUGGAGAAACAAAACCUAUGUGGGAACCCUCCUGGACUGCACCAGGCACGACUGGGCCCCGCCAAGGUUCUGUGAGUCCCCCACCAGCGACUUGGAGAUGAGGAACGGCCGGGGCCGGGGGAAAAGGAUGAGGCCAAACGGCAACACUCCUGUCAACGAGAACAGUAACUCAUCAGACAACAAGGGCAGCGGCACCAGCAAGACUCGCGCCGCCAACAACAGCAGCAAGGGCCGGCGGGGCAGCCAGACGUCGUCGGAGCGCCGCACACCACCCAACAGCAACACAGAGGAUGUCAAGGCCAGCUCAUCGUCAGCCAACAAGCGCAAGAACAAGCCUGCCUCGGACAUGGAGCCAAACUCCAGCUCGGAGGACACCAAGGGCAGCAAGCGCAUGCGCACCAACUCCAACAGUGGCCCCAGAGGAGUGCCCCACCUGUCCCACGCCGGCUUCCAGGGCAUCCCCACCAUUAAUGCGGAGCCCCUUCCCCCACCACAACUCGACCGCAACUGCCCUUCGCCGGUGCUCAUCGACUGCCCGCACCCCAACUGCAACAAGAAAUACAAGCACAUCAACGGCCUCAAGUACCACCAGGCCCGCGCCCACAACGACGACGACAUCAAGUUGGACAUGGACGGGGACAGCGAGUACGGAGAGGACUCCACUCUUCACCCCGAUCCGGGCAGCUGCAACGGGGCCUCCAUCUCUCAGAAGGGAUGCUUGUCCCCGGCCCGUUCGGUCACACCCAAGGGCAGGGGCUUCGAGGCCCAGACUCCGUCGCCCUCCUCUGGGAAGUUUGGCUCCAAGCAGAGUAAAAAGAAGCCCUGCGAGGCCGACCCGGAGGCAGGUGGCAUGGCCAUGGAUGGCUGCGAAGAUGGGCCCUGCCUAACAGAUGAGGCUAGCAAUGACGGCAUGGACGACAAGAAAGACAGGGCCAAGAAGUCGGGUAGCGGCUCCAAGGCGGACAAGCUGGCCCAGAAGGGCAUGAAGUCAGCACGGCCCAUCGCCACGGCCAUACCACCUCAGCAGCUGUACUCCCUACAGACGGCCGGCGGCUUCCCUGCAGCCAGCCCCGGCUCCACCCCCGCCUUGGGCUCAGUGGUUCAGUCCAUUCCCAAGAGCCCCCAGCUGAAAGCCAUCCAGCCCAAGCCCUCGGCCCUGGGAGACCCCUCGUCUGUGAACCCAGCUCUGAGUGGCUCGAAGGACAAGAAGAAGAAAGACAAGAAGAAGAAGGAGGCGGGAAAGGAGGGAGACAGCCCCAAAGGGCUGGGGAAAGGGGGGAAGCCGGAGGAAGGCAAGAGCCCAUACUCUGAAUCCUCGGACCCGGGGAGCAAAGGCGAUGGACUCCUGAACGGCUCAUCGGACCCCCACCAGAGCCGGCUGGCCAGCAUCAAAGCAGAGGCGGACAAGAUCUACAGCUUCACCGACAACGCCCCCAGUCCAUCCAUCGGCGUGGCCAGCCGGAUAGAGGCUGGAGUCAUGGCCCAACCCCUCACCCCGCUCCACGUGGUCACGCAGAACGGAGCCGACAACUCCUCGGUGAAGACCAACAGCCCGGCCUACUCGGACAUCUCGGACGCAGGUGAGGACGGCGAAGGUCGGGUGGAGGGCGUCAAGGGCAUCAAGUCCGAGGAGCAUGCCAUCCGAGAGGGGGCCAAGAAGGCCCUGUUCCCCGCCCAAACGCCCAGCAAGGAGUCCCCCUACUACCCCGGCUACGAGACCUACUACUCUCCGAACUAUGCCAACCCCAAUCCCAGCCCGGGGGUGUCGGUCACGGGGUCCGCACUGCAGGAGGGGGCCCAGGUCAAGGUAAAGAAAGAGGAGCAGGAGGAGCCAGGCGACGAGGACCUUAAGGUCAAGCAGGAGCAGCAGGAGGACCGUAAGCCAGAGAUGGGUGCCUCUGGAUCGGGGCAACAGCAGCAGCAACAGGCCUCGGUCAUCCAGCAGCGCUCCAACAUGUACAUGCAGCCUCUCUACUAUAACCAGUAUGCCUACGUUCCCCCAUACACGUACCACCCGGACCAGGCCUACCACAACCACCUGAUGAACACCAACCCAGCCUACCGGCAGCAGUACGAGGAGAGGCAGCGGCAGGCAGCAGCCGAGCAACACCGUGCCGCCGAGAAGAAAUCAGACACUGCUGGAAAGGACAGAGAUCGAGAGGGCUCCUCAGGGAAGGAGCGGAGUGAGGAAUGGAAGCAGAAGGCUUCGGUGCCCCCCACCCUCUCCAAGGCCCCCAGUCUCACAGAUCUGGGCAAAGGAGGGCUGCCCCAGGGCAAGCUGCCCAAAGAGCCCUCGUCCUCCUUGGAGCAGGCCAAGUCAUCGGUCAUCAUCCCCAAGGGUGAGGAUGCCAAGGCGCCGGCCCAGCAGGCCGAGGGGCUGAAGAUGAAGCUGAGCGAGGGAGGGCACCAUGGGAAGGGGGAGGAGCUCAAGGCGGGCAUGGAGUCGGGCAGGCCCUCGGCCAUGGAGCAGGGCAUGUGGUACAGACAGGAGCCUGACUCGCGGCUGUGGCCUUACGUUUACCCCAGCAAGUACCCUGAGGCCCAGAAACCACAGGACGAGGAGCGGUGGAAAGAGGAACGCGACAGGGAAAGGGAAAGAGACAGAGAUCGAGCAGACCGAGAGAGGGACAGGGACCGAGACAACAGAGACAGGGAACGGGACCGAGACAGAGAGAUAGACAGAGACCGAAAGGGCAAGGAGGGCAGGGAUGAGAGGGCUCGGCCCAAAGAUGCCACCCCCAAGGAGGAGAGCAAAGAGGGGGCUGAGCCUCGGUCGUCGUUGACGGCCUCUGAGGAGCACAGGGGGAUGGGGAAGGACCCGAGGGCCACUGCUGCCCACAUGCAGUUCUCCUCCCCCCUUGCCCAGCACCAGGGCUACAUGCCCUACAUGCACGGAGCCUAUGCCUACGGCCAGGGCUACGACCCCAGCCACCCGGGCUACCGCGGGAUGCCCUCAGUCAUGAUGCAGAACUACCCUGGUUCCUACUUCUCCUUCUCCCCGUACGGCAGUAAAAUGGGGCCAGGCGAAGAGGGCGGCGAGAAGGCGGCGCGCGCCAGCCCCACGGUCAGCGGCAAGUCCGCCUCGGAGGCAAAGGCCCUGGACAUCCUUCACCAGCACGCCAGCCAGUACAAGAGCAAGUCGCCGACAGUCGGCGACAAGACCCCCUUGCGUGAACGGGAACGGGAGCGCGCUGCUUCCGAACGAGACCGAGAUAUGGACCGGCCACGCUCCUCGCCCUCGCAGCGCAUCCUGCCUUCCCAUCACCACCUGGGCUACCCGCUUCUCUCGGGGCAGUACGACCUGUCCUAUGCCACAGGUCUCUCCUCAUCAGCCAUUGUUGCCAGUCAGCAAGCCUCCGCCCCCUCCAUGUACCCACCUGCACGGAGGUGAGAAUGGGAGACCUGAUUGGCUGACCUCAACUUUGCCUGGAGCCAUGUGACUGGAUCACAUGAGGAAGCGUGCUGCGGCGCUCGUUUUUAGACAUCAGUUCAAUGGUGUUUGUUGUAUUUUUUGUUGUUUUUGCCUGGUUGUUCCGGCUGAUCUGGUUCCUCCUCCCUCAGCUUCUGUGAUGGCCACCCCACGGCAAGGCUUCCUGUGGCUGGGUUGAGGGCUCACUGAGCCCACCUCCUCUGGUACCGCACAGCCAACCAGCCAGCCAGUCCAUCGACACUUUUGCACUGCUGAGACAUUCACAGGAUGGACUAAAAGGCCUGAAAAAAAGGCCUGAUGAGACUGGCACGUUCUGAUGGGGUGAGCCCCAUCACACAGACGGCCAUUUUGGAACUGGAGAGUGCAAAGGGGAGAUGGGGUCGAUCAGAAACAAACUGGAUUAAGUUUGAAAUCACUACAUGGAAAUAUGGACUUAAUGGAUUGUUCGCAGAUCCUGGGCCUUAGCGUAAUAGAGGUGCAGCUUGACUUGAGGAAGUGUGUUGUUUCGUCCAUCCACCAACCUACCCACUGACCCUGAGGACAUAUUGAGACAUUCAUUGCAAUGGACCCAUAUUUUUCAGUUGUGUUUUUUGGGGGGAUGGUUGUUUGGGCCAGAGGAGGGGUGACUGAGAGGGGACCGACUGGUGUAUGUUGUCCCUGCCCCUCUCCACCACUCUGGGCUUUCUAUGCAAGCCGAAGCUGCUCAUCUCCACAUACUGACAGAAACAGCCCUCCUCUCUGUCUGUUCAGUUUCAGGGGGAGGAACUUUCAAAUUCACGUUCUGUUGAAUCUGUUUUGUGAAAAGUUAUCAUCCGCCUACUUGAGUUCGUUCAGAGAGUAAACCAUAUCCGUGUUUGUUUUUUUGUUGCUUUUUUUGUACGAGGCUUUUGUGCGUUGUUCGUUCCACCGCACAAGUCUCCACACUUCAUGUUUUUUUAGAUUAUUUGAGCAGUUUAUAUUUGUUAUUUUUUUCUUCACAUCUUGACUUGACGACCUUGUUUCCAUCUCACUCUGACCCAGUGGGGAACACUACUGGCCUCUCUCAGUGCCGGCAGCGGCAGCUGUGUCGCGGGUUCCUUUUCCAAAGGGUCAUCCAGUUUACAAAGCAGCACCAAUGCAUCUGCUACGGCUACAGCUCCCAGCUGCUCAGCUGGGAGAGGACAUAUCUGUGCCUGGAGGUACUUUGGCUCAGAGAGAGAAGAGGAAUGGAGAGGAGAGAAGUACAGAUGCACCAUUCAGAAGCUCUCCAAGCUCUGUGACCCAGGAAGGGAAGAGAGGGAGAAGCCAUCCAUCCUCAAUGGGCACUGUAGAGGCUGGAAGAGGAGAGGGGGUCCAUACAGACAGGCAGCCUAGCUCUUACAGUACAUAUGGCAUUUGUUUUGGCUGUUGUGGGCCCCAAGUGUCAGUUUGUGGACAUGGAAACUGUCUGGGACCCACAGGACUUUGUAUGUGAACGGUUGGCAACUGUCUGCAAGCCACAAUCUGGCUGCUGCUGCUAGUCUCUCACCAAACUGCAUCAUGGGAUAGCUGCAGUCCUCCCUCAUCAAUGGACAUGUAAGAACACAGAGCUGUCAAUGGAUGCUCAGUAGAUAUGGCUGGUGCUGCACUCGCUCUCCCUCUGAUCUAGCGUGUAGUGCUGGAGAGACAGGCAGCUCACUGUAUAUUUAUUAGAGGACUUAUAGUCACGGAGUGCUGUGUUACUGGGAGUUGGCACAUGCCCCUGUACUAUAUUUGGUGAAUGAAAGCAAUUGCAAAAUGGAAUCUCUCCUGCAGGCCCACAUCCCCUCCCAUCGUAUCUCUCUCUCCUUUCCACCUAUCUCUGACUAUCUCUAUCGCGAGUGCCUGCACGGUGUAAGAUGGAACUGUAACGCGAUAGAGCAAACACAUAGUCCCUCCCAGCGGAGCCGUGUGCACGUUUGCUUUGGGACACUUCCUAUCUCCUCCCUCCCGCCCUUCUCUCUCUUUUUCCCCCCCACACGCACUCACUAUUGUGGUUUUCUGUAUAUAUUGUACAGCGGAAUUAUUUUAAAAAAGGUUGUUUGAUGCUAUCGGAAAAAUGUCCUCCUCUUUAUUCGUCUGUUAGCCUUCUCUUUUCUUUCUACCGUUCUUGAUAUAAUAUGACCAACUGUAGCUGGUGUAACAGCUUUAGAAUUGAAUUGUUGUGAUUUUUUUCCCCCUCCCUGGACUCCACCCCUUCAGAAGCUUGUUGUCCCCCCCUUGAAGCCCAUGACGCCAUUUUAGUCCCUUCUUCGCAGCCGCCUCAAGGAAAACAAUGUCACAUUUCAACAUGUCAUUGUAACCGUCACUCCUUUGUUGUUGUUUUGGGUUCCAUGAGAAGCUGCUCACGAAUGCAGUUUGUUGGCUGGGAGUUGGUACGUUAUUACUUUCGGCCAUGAUAGACAAAGUAGAGGAGGGGAGCGAGAGAGGCUGAGAGCAGAGCAGCUGUCGAGAGGGUUGAUAGAGAGGUAGAACACAGCAAAUUCUCCCACCGCGUCCACUCCUCUCCCGUUAAUGGUGCCCGUCAUCCCAACACCGCUACACAGCGCCCGCCCGCUGAAAACAGUCAAUCUGAUUCGCUCUGAUGCUUUUAUUACCCUUCAUGGAUCCGGCAUGCUCGGGAGCGCAGCAAGGAAAAUCUGAACUAAUAAAUUAGGUUUGUGGUUUUUGUCUUGUGUAUGUGAUUUAGGGCCGGUUCGAAAUUUACUGGGGGGGGGUCCGAAAUAGGGGAGGGUUGUGUUUUUUUUAUUGGGCACAGGGGAGGGUAGUGCGUUUCUCCCUGGUUUACAUUCACCAUUUAGCAGGUUUUACUAUAUGAUUUCUUCCAUCCUAGCCAAAUGUCCUCAUGUGCUUGCAUGCUCCUCCCCAUCAAGGUGUUUUGGUACUUCCCUUAUGCACUACGCUAUUCCACGCGCUUACUGUACCACAGGUCAAUAUAAUCUACCAGUCCCAACUGUCUAUCCUGCCCUCUGUCCAACUUUCAUAGUGACAAUAGUGGCAGGUGGAUUGUUUGUCCAGAUCUGCAAUCGGUUAACUAGCAAUCAUACCACACAUUAAAGCAUUCAAAUCUGCACCAAUUUUCUAUAAAAAUCCACAAGAACAUAGAGGAAUAGCUGAUAGGCAGCGGAAAGGCCAGGUGUGUCAUUGCGCAUGAAAGAACAGUGAAGAGAUGAGACGCGCAGCUUAAAAAGCUCCCCUAUUGAUCUUGUUUAGGGACAAUACAAUGAUCCUACCUAGACUAGCCUACAACACCACAAUGCAUUGAAUAAUUGCAUUAUUGUUUUCAAGUGACUACAAAAUUCUUCUCUAGGCUGUAAACUGUAGUGAACAUGUAAUUUGAAUAACAGCGCAAAAGCCCUGUCAUAUGAAUGUUUCAUUCCAUUUGGAUCAGUUGUGGGUCUAGAAAGGCACAGUAGCAGGCCAGUCUGGCUGUAUUUUUAACUUCUGAUACUGAAUGCGCUGGUUUUUGCAGAUCAUCAUUCUUCCAAGUCGUCCUAUAAUAAUGUUGCCACAUAGGCCUAUGCUCCCAGCAGGCCCAGUGAUUCAGAAAAUAUGAACCUGUGUUCUGCCUCCUCUCCGAACCGCUAUUCCUCGCGCAACUAGAACCAUAACGCUUCAACAUAGCCUAAAUAUUUGACUUUUUAAAUGUAUAACCUUUUAUGUGUGGCAUAAACACAACCGGUCACAAUGUUUUAAUCUGAUUAGGCUACUUCAAAAGUCUCCUGUAGGCUACCUUCGCACGUUCGUCCACUCUAAUAUAAUUCCAGCAUCCAAACUGCCCUGGCCAUUUCAGGAAUAGAAAGAGCCAUCUGUUACAAAACACCAAAAUGUUUAAUAACUUUCGGAGAUUGUCAAGCCAAGCCUUCGGUACUGGUUAAGCCUA